GACGCACUCCUUAGCAACGCAGCAGCGUGGCAGGGCGGGUUGCUAGGGGCGGCCAUGGCCGAACUGGCUGGGCCGUGGCCGCCGCCGGUGGGCGCCUACGCGGAGGAGCGGGAGCUGUUCCGGCUCCUGCAGAACAUGCUUGAAGAACUAAUAAUUCAUCAGCCAGAUGAUCCCAUUCAGUUUAUGAUAAACCAUUUAAAGCAAAACAACGAUGAUGUUCCAAGAAUUUGUGUACUUGGUCCACCUGCUUCUGGGAAAACAACAGUUGCACUGUGGCUUUGUAAACGUUUGGAUGCCAUACGUAUCUCUCAGGAGACUUUGUUAUUCAAAGAAGCAUUAGCACUGACAGAGGAAGCAAGGGCAUAUAAAGAAAGGAAAGAGAAAAUUCCCAAUGCGCUUUGGGCCAAUCUGAUCCAGGAACGUCUGUCAAACGUGGACUGCAUCAAACAAGGAUGGAUUUUGGAAGGCUUCCCUGAAAAUCAGGAACAGGCAUGGAUACUGCAGUCAUCUGGCAUCAUUCCUAGGCAUGUCGUUGCGCUUUAUGCUCCAGACACUGUGCUGAUUGAGAGGAACAGUGGGAAAAGGAUUGAUCCUAACACAGAAGAGGUGUACCAUACGACCUUUGACUGGCCACACGAUACGCUGAUACAGGAACGUUUGGUGAAACCAGAAGGUCCAUCUGAACAGGAGAUACCAAAGAAACUGCUGGAAUAUCACAGAAACUUCCCUGGGAUUUUCCAGAUCUACCAAAAAGUUCUGAAAUCAAUCAAUGCAGACCAGCCUUCUAUGGAUGUCCUCUCACAGGUCCUUACUUAUGUCCAAACAUGGCACAGAUCAGCUGCCCCCUUUACACCACGGAUUGUCUUUUUUGGACCCCCAGGCAGUGGGAAGAGCCUUCAGGCAGAUCUAUUAGCUCAGAAAUACAGUGUUGUCAACAUUUGCUGUGGGCAACUGCUAAAGGAAAUUGUUGCAGGCAAGACAAAACUUGGGGAACUCGUUAAGACUUACAUUGACAGUGGAUACCCAGUCCCAGACAAGCUUGUGAUUAAGAUCCUGACGGAACGCCUAAGUACACUAGACUGCAUGACCAAUGGAUGGGUGCUUUAUGGCUUCCCAAGAGAUGUGGAGCAGGGACAACAACUACAAGAAUCACAUUUUGUUCCAAACAGGGUAUUUUUCUUUAAUCUCCCCUAUGAAUCCAUUGUGGAACGACUGUCACAGCGAAGGACUGAUCCUGUCACUGGGGAAAGAUACCACAGUACAUUCAGACCAGCACCCACACCAGAGAUCCAAGCCCGUCUCAGACAGAACCCUCGAGACAAGGAAGAAAAUAUUGAGAUGCGCGUGGAAAGCUAUUACAGGAAUAUCAAGGACCUGGAAGAUUUUUAUGAAGAUGCCUUUUAUGUCAAUGCUGACCAAGACCCUUUUGCUGUCUUUGAGUUUAUAGAAAGCUGUAUCAUUAAGCCACUUCCAUGCAAAAAAUUUAAAAGCCCAUAAUUAAUAUGAAUGAUUCCUUGAACUGUUGAUUUUAAACUUUUCUCCAUAACCUUUGCAGUCUGGUCACUGAAGUGGCACCUUAGCACAAGUGGAGAGGAAGGCAGCCAAGCCAGGUUGAAUUUGAAACUCACCAAGGCUGACUGAAGUACAGAGAGUAAGAAAUUUUGCUUCAGGGGAAACUUUUUUGGCUUCUAUUUUGUAAUCCAAGGUAUGAAGCACUGGGGAGGGAAG